AUGAGCCAUCAGAAUACUCCACAUUUAUAUAACAAGAGAACUCCAAGCGGAUUUGGAGAACAGUCGAAUAGCACAAACAACGGCAGUGUUGUACUUACUACUUCUGGGAACAAGAAUCCAGCAGCAACCUCCCUUACUAUAAAUUCAAUGGGAAGUUCACAGAAUGCAACGCUUGGUUCUAAUACAAAUCCAAAUAAAGUGGCCCUUGAUGCGUCAUCUACCGUUUCAGAUUCUCAUGCGGCAAAUGCGAAACAGUUGCUAAAUGCAUAUGUGUAUGACUUCUUAGUCAAAAGUAGAUUGCCUCGUACCGCCAGAAUAUUUGUAAACGAAGCAGAGGUCCCAUCGAUAAAGGGAAAUCAAAAUGUGUCUGGUCGAAACUCACCACAAGUAACUCAACAUAAUUUAUCAGUGCAACAAUUUCAGAAAGAGCAUAAUUUGCCCAGUUUGACCAUGGCGAUGGAUUCAUCUCAAGGAUUUCUUUAUGAGUGGUGGCAAGUAUUUUGGGAUGUAUUUCAAGCUAAGAAUGGAGGAAGCCAAAUCAACAAACAACAUCUGAACUAUGCGCAACAAUAUCAUCAAAUGCAACUUUUAAAGCAAAGGCAGCAACAACAAGAAUUGGCGAUGUCACUACCAGGUGCAAAUCUUUCAGCUUCUACGUUACUUGCUCAACAACAACCCCCCGUUGUUCCUUCAACAGCAAUGGCUGUACCUCCUAGUGCUCCUCAACAGCGUCCUCUCCACCUUCAACAACAGAUUGGUCAGCAGUUCCUGCCGCCGGUAAACAUUCAACUUGCAAGUCAACAGCAACAGCUAGCGAACCAUCCAAAUACACAUGUGGUUGAUCAGCAGAGGAUUAUGAUGAUGAUGAAACGAGAUUCGCUUUCGCAACAGCAACAACAACAAGCAAUUCCUAUGAAUUUAGACACUCAGCAGCAGUUGGCAACCGGGGCCCCUAAUCUAAAUAUUCAACAACAGCUAUUCCUUCAAGAGCAAGCUAGACAACAACAGCAACUGCAGCAACAACCGCAGAAGACGAGAAUUCAACAGCACGCUCAGACUCAAAUGAACAACCUACGUCAACAGGUUGCGGCUGGUCAACAACAACAAUUAAGUAAUCUGGCUCUGCGUGGAGGAUCAUCUAAAAAUUCGCCAGUUCAAAAGCUCAGUCAAGUGCCACAGCAAGGAGUAAGUGCGGGUUUCCAGCAACAAAUGAAUCAGCAAUUUUCACAGCAAACCCCAGUCAUGAAUGGGCCACAAGGGCAAGUUCCUCUUAAUGCCCAGGUGGGAGGAUUGCAACAGGCUAGAUUGCCAAACAGUGGUAAUAGUCCAAACAUGACGACGACAAGCCAUCGGAAUCCUUCUAACACGGAUGCAUUACAAGAUUAUCAAAUACAACUAAUGAUAUUAGAAAAGCAAAACAAGAAAAGGUUGGAAAUUGCAAGAAGUAGCGGUACUUCAGACACAAAUUUAAUGAAUUUGGCUCCUCAGGCUCAGCAACAAGCUGGAGGUCAAACGAACCAGAGACCUUCGCCUUCCACUACGAAUAAUUCUCCUUUGGUUAAAAACAAGCUGUCUCCUUCUAUGCCUUCGAAAAAGUACAAAAAAGAACCUCAAAAGCGUGGAAGGAAGGGAAGCGCUGCAUCAGUUGCUGUCGCAACUGGUCAACAGACGCCAGUUGUCUCGCAGCCUUCUAGCGAAGUCGGCGGCCCGGAUCACAAUGCCAACAUCACGACAAAAGGAAAUUCAAAUACUCCAAGAAUUCCUAAGAAAGAAUAUAGUGGAGUGCCGCUUACACCAGUAUCUGAACCCAAUGAGACAAAGAGAAAGAGAAAAGGUAGCGCGAUAUCCGAGUCUCCAAAAAAGCAAACCACUGCAAGUAAAAUAAUCAAAAAGGAGAAGUCUAUUACAGAAGAAGUAUCGAAAGAAAAUCCAGGUUCAGCCAUCAAUGAAACUACCAAAAACGAGAAAGAUUCCGGGGAAGGAAUUCAUUCUGCGUUAAAUGAUACCUUAGGAGCUCCUUCAGACCAAAUAUUUAACGUUGAAUUAUUGGGACCAACCACUAGUGAGAAUAGUUCGAAUUUCUUCAAUCCAAAUACCCAGCCUUCUCAAGGAGCUUUGGAUGACAUCGAUUUUGACUUUAAUCAAUUCUGGGAAGGUAAUGGAGGUGAAGAAGGAUUGAAUGAUAGUAUAGCUGGUUUCAACUGGGGUAAUGUUGACACGGUCGAGAACAGUGGUGAUUCGUAG